ACGCCGCGGGGUCCGAGUCAGCCCCGCCCGGGGACUCCGCAGGGCCCUCGCCAGGGGGCGCCGGCCGCGCGUCUGGGGCCCCGCACACACCCCCUCCGCCCAGGGCGCGCGCGGUUCAGAGCUAAAACGCCUCCGCUAGCAGUCGGCGGAGCUGGGCCGCCUCCGGCUCCAGAGGGGUCAGCGCCCGCCAUGGCCGCGAACCAGACUGGGAGGCCCAGCGAUUGAGCCAUGCAGGCGGAGCAGCGGUCAGCGGCGGGGGCUGGCGAAGGGGCGACCCUGGGGCUGCCGGCUGCGCCUCCCGCUGCGUCUGCUCCAGCGAGCGCGGCCUCCGGCGGAGCCUCGGAGGCUGCGCCCGAACCGAAGAGGAGGCAGCUCGGGAAGCUGCUGCAGCCCACGGUGAACAAGUUCUCUCUUCGGGUCUUCGGCAGCCACAAAGCGGUGGAAAUAGAGCAAGAGCGGGUGAAGUCGGCGGGGGCCUGGAUCAUCCACCCCUACAGCGACUUCCGGAACCCCGUGACCCAUGGACCACAGAGACUAUCCAAGUUUUACUGGGACCUGAUCAUGCUGCUGCUGAUGGUGGGGAACCUCAUAGUACUGCCUGUGGGCAUCACCUUCUUCAAGGAGGAGAACUCCCCACCCUGGAUCGUCUUCAAUGUCCUCUCUGACACUUUCUUUCUGCUGGAUCUGGUGCUCAAUUUCCGAACUGGCAUUGUGGUGGAGGAGGGUGCUGAGAUCCUGCUGGCACCGAGGGCCAUCCGCAUACGUUACCUACGUACCUGGUUCUUGGUAGACCUCAUCUCCUCCAUCCCCGUGGAUUACAUCUUCCUAGUGGUGGAGUUGGAGCCACGGCUAGAUGCUGAGGUCUACAAAACUGCACGGGCCCUACGCAUCGUUCGCUUCACCAAGAUCCUUAGCCUGCUGCGACUGCUCCGCCUCUCCCGCCUCAUCCGCUACAUACACCAGUGGGAGGAGAUCUUUCACAUGACCUAUGACCUGGCCAGCGCUGUGGUUCGCAUCUUCAACCUCAUUGGGAUGAUGUUGCUGCUCUGUCACUGGGAUGGCUGUCUGCAGUUCCUGGUCCCUAUGCUGCAGGACUUCCCUCCCGACUGCUGGGUCUCCAUGAACCGCAUGGUGAACCACUCGUGGGGCCGCCAGUAUUCCCAUGCCCUGUUCAAGGCCAUGAGUCAUAUGCUGUGCAUUGGCUAUGGGCAGCAGGCACCCGUAGGCAUGCCAGACGUCUGGCUCACUAUGCUCAGCAUGAUCGUGGGUGCCACAUGUUAUGCCAUGUUCAUCGGUCAUGCCACUGCCCUCAUCCAGUCUCUGGACUCUUCAAGACGACAGUACCAGGAGAAGUACAAGCAGGUGGAGCAGUACAUGUCCUUCCACAAACUGCCAGCUGACACACGGCAGCGUAUCCAUGAAUACUACGAGCACCGCUACCAGGGCAAGAUGUUUGAUGAGGAGAGCAUCCUGGGAGAACUGAGCGAGCCACUUCGGGAGGAGAUCAUUAACUUUACCUGCCGGGGCCUGGUGGCCCACAUGCCACUCUUUGCCCAUGCUGACCCCAGCUUCGUCACCGCAGUACUCACCAAGCUACGUUUUGAGGUCUUUCAACCAGGGGACCUGGUGGUGCGUGAGGGCUCUGUCGGCAGGAAGAUGUACUUCAUCCAGCACGGGCUGCUCAGUGUGCUGGCACGUGGCGCUCGGGACACCCGCCUCACUGACGGAUCCUACUUUGGGGAGAUCUGCCUGCUGACUCGGGGCCGACGAACAGCCAGUGUAAGAGCUGACACCUACUGCCGCCUCUACUCACUCAGCGUGGACCACUUCAAUGCAGUGCUUGAAGAAUUCCCCAUGAUGCGCAGGGCCUUUGAGACUGUGGCCAUGGACAGGCUGCGCCGCAUUGGCAAAAAGAAUUCCAUACUGCAGCGGAAGCGCUCAGAGCCAAGUCCAGGCAGCAGCGGCGGCACCAUGGAGCAGCAUUUGGUACAACACGACAGGGACAUGGCUCGGGGCAUUCGGGGCCUGGCCCCUGGCACAGGUGCUCGGCUCAGUGGAAAGCCAGUACUGUGGGAACCGCUAGUGCACGCGCCUCUGCAGGCAGCUGCUGUGACCUCCAACGUGGCCAUUGCCCUGACUCACCAGCGAGGCCCUCUGCCCCUCUCCCCUGACUCUCCAGCCACCCUCCUUGCUCAUUCUGCUAGACGAUCGGCAGGCUCCCUAGCCUCCCCACUGGUGCCUGUCCGAACUGGUCCUCUGCUGGCCCGGGGACCCUGGGCAUCCACUUCCCGCCUGCCUGCCCCACCUGCUCGAACCCUCCACGCCAGCCUAUCCCGGGCAGGACGUUCCCAAGUGUCCCUGCUGGGCCCUCCCCCGGGAGGAGGUGGUCGGAGGCUAGGACCCCGUGGCCGCCCACUCUCAGCCUCUCAACCCUCUUUGCCUCAGAGAGCAACGGGUGAUGGCUCUCCUGGUCGCAAGGGCUCGGGAAGUGAGCGCCUGCCUCCAUCAGGGCUCUUGGCCAAGCCUCCAGGGACAGCACAACCCCCCAGGCCAUCAGUGCCUGAGCCAGCCACCCCCCAAGGUCCCCAGAUCUCUGCUAACAUGUGAAAUCCUACCUAGGUUAUACUAGCCUUAGCCCUUGGUGUGCAUUAGUGUGUGCCUGAGGGCAAAAGCCCCUUGGGGAAGGCUGGGGGCCACCUAAAAUACUGCCCCUUACUACCAUGAAGCUGUUCUCUGUGUCCUUAGCUCAAGCAGCAGUUGCCUGCUAACCCUAAUCCAUCUACUCAUUCAUCAUAGGUGCCCAGUGCCUAACAUGUUCAAAGCACUGUGCCAGGUACUGUAUGUCUCCACUGCCAAGUAGAAGUGACUCAAAGCCCUCUAACAAGGGUAUCCCUUGCCUUGGUCCUGACAGGUGCAGGUCUGGGCCCAUGACCCACCUUUGCUAAGCACAAAUCCUUGCCACCACCAUCACUGCCAGGUAACUAGGUAGCUGUUUACUUGUCAGUGACCCUGCAGGUUUUGCCCAGUAUGUUUUCCUGUCCCCUUACUAUAGCUGGGCCCCUAUUACUGCCAACAUAUGUCUUGGGUCCUGAGUGUGGGUAUUUACCUUGUUACCACCACCUGCAGGGCCUCCUUGUCUAUACCAAGUGAGAACACACAUCUGCCCACUGUAGUGUCUGUGUGGUAGCUCUGUCUUUGUUAACUGGAAGUUGCCUCUUCACUGUACCCUCUGCUCCAGUGGUGUUGCCCUUAAAGCUAAGAGAUACUUGACUCCUCUUUAUUUACUAUGCCAGCUACUCCUCUCAGGUGGCUUGCAAGUAACUGAAUCCUCAUAUGACCUUUUGUCUUUCCCUCUUUGUCUUAUUUAUUCAGUCAUUUAUUAAUUUUUUCAUUUGCUAACUUGGCUUACUCAUUUUGUUUACACAUUCCUUUAUCUGUCUAUCCCACCUUCUUGUAGGGGGGGCGGUUAGAAGAACAAGGAGAGAUCAUCUCUGUGGUCUUUGUAUAAGGCCAUCAGCAGCAAUAUUCACUCUCUCCCUGUCCAGGUAGUGGCAAGAGGGGCUGACAGAGAGGAGGACCACACUUGCUUUGUUUCCUUUUCUCAUCUGGGUUUGCUAUUGGUAUAGGAGUAAGGAGUAUUCAAGCCUAGGGAAGGGCAGGCCAGCCAGCCCCUCUGCUUCCUCAGGGACAAGAGUAAUCCCCUAGCUACCCGCUCCUACACUGUAGCAUCGAAGUAUGGGGCCAGGACCAUGAAUCUCCUUUUCUUCCAGGUGGGGAAUUCUGGGAUUCUUGGUGUGUGGGAGUUGUUUUUAUAAUUGCUCCUAAACAGUUGGGUUUAAAAAGAAA